AGACAGAAAAGGAGUGCCUGGCAUUUGGGGAGGUUCCUGACGGCGACGCGAUGACCAGAGCAGAGGCCGGCCGGGCGGACUCAAGGCGAGGCCACAGAGGCUGAGCAGAGCAGCCGCCCGCCGAGAUGGAGAAGUUUCGGGCAGCGAUGCUGCUGGGCGCCGUGGGGGACGCCCUUGGCUACAGAAAUGCCUUCAUGGAGAACAGCGCCUCGGGCCCCAGGGUCCAGGAGGAGCUGCAGAAAGUGGGGGGGCUGGACCACCUGGUGCUGGCCCCCGAGAAGUGGCCAGUGAGCGACAACACCAUCAUGCACAUGGCGACGGCCGAGGCCCUGGUCACAGACUUCUGGUGCCUGGACGACCUGUACCGCGAGAUGGUGAGGCGCUACGUGGACGCCCUGGAGAAGCUUCCGGAGCACCGCGCCGACCCCGCCACCAUCGAGGGCUGCUCACAGCUGAAGCCAGACAACUAUCUCCUGGCCUGGCACACGCCCUUCAACGACAAAGGCUCGGGGUUUGGCGCUGCCACCAAGGCGAUGUGUGUGGGCAUGCGGUACUGGAAGCCAGAGCGGCUGGGGACGCUGGUGGAGGUCAGCGUGGAGUGUGGCCGGAUGACUCACAACCACCCCACGGGCUUCCUAGGGUCACUGUGCACGGCCCUGUUUGCCUCCUACGCCAUCCAGGGAAAGCGGCUGGAGCAGUGGGGGCGAGACAUGCUGAGGGCAGUCCCGCUGGCCGAGGACUACUGCAAGAAGACCAUCCGGCACCUGGCAGAGUACCAGGAGCACUGGUUUUACUUCGAAGCGAAGUGGCAGUUUUACUUGGAGGAAAGAAAAAUCAGUGAGGACUCGGAGAGUGGGGCCACCUUCCCCGACCACUAUGACGCAGAGGAGAGGGACAAGACCUACAGGAAGUGGAGCUCAGAAGGCCGAGGGGGGCGGCGAGGCCACGAUGCUCCCAUGAUCGCCUACGACGCCCUCUUGGGAGCCAAGGGCAGCUGGGCGGAGCUCUGCCAGCGUGCCAUGUUCCACGGAGGUGAGAGCGGGGCCUCAGGGGCCAUCGCGGGCUGCCUGUUCGGGCUGCUGCAUGGGCUGGACGCCGUCCCCGCGGGCCUGUACCGGGAGCUGGAGCACAAGGAGCAGCUGGGCCGCCUGGGCGAGACUCUGCACCGCCUGUCCUCGGAGGAGAAGUAAAGUGCUUCCCCGCAGGCCUGGCCCCGGCUCGGGGGCCACACGCAGCUCGCAGGACACGUUACCGUUGCCUCCCAACCACUGAACCCUAACUGCUGCAUAAAAUACAUUGUUUGUCCUACGAGCACGUUCUCCUGUCCCGGCCCAGGCCUGGUGCCGUGCUGGCGUCUGGAUUUGACGGCCUCAAACCUCCAAAUACACUGCUCACCAAGAGUCUCUUGGACAA